UGGAAAUCGCUGCUCUCAUGGUGGGUGUAAGAAAAAUGAUUGCCAGUCUGCUCGCGUUGAGCGCGUGGCUAAUAAGUUGGGCGAUGCCAUUUUUAACCAGUCCAAUAUAGGCGCUUAAACCUUAAACGUACCCCAUUGAUUGUCACAUCGAGCAAGGAUUGCCGAUUGUUGUUGCCGAUGGUAACAUCGUCACCAUGAGACUAACAUGAUUCGUGGUAAUACCUUCACGGUUGUCUUUACGCUGUGCUAAAUUGUAGAUGUAGUUGUGCGAAUUAUACCGCCUACUCCUCUCCUAGGCCUGCAUGGGAAAAAUACAAAGCGUAUGAACUCCCUGAGGCAUGGAACCACCUCGACGCGCAUCGCCUUUAAGCUUUACCUGUAUCAAAGGGAAGCAAGUAUGAAGUCGAAAAUCCUCUUGAUUUACGCAGCUCUCUGCAGCAAUUUUGUAGCCGCUGUCGACUUCUACGUCGCGCCCAACGGUUCUGACAAUGGCGAUGGUACAUCACCAACAACAGCUUUCCAGACGCUGUCCAAAGCCCAACAAGCGGUUCGUAAACAGAUCGCGAGUGGUAUGCAAGAAAAUAUCACCGUUCACGUCGGUCCUGGAACAUACUCCUUGUCAGCGCCGCUCAAAUUCACAGCAGACGACUCCGGCAAAGGAGGCUUCACGGUUCAUUGGGUUGGGUCCGGUGCUCUUAUAUCUGGUGGCCAGAAGGUCACAGGAUGGACAGCAGGAUCCAAUGGCGUUUAUUCUGCCAGUGUCCCUGCCGGCCUCAAAUCGCGGAACCUCUAUGUCAAUGGAAAAGCGUCUAAUUAUGCGAGAAAGAAGAUUGCAAAUCGAAAGGACUUCACUUACACGAGUACUGGUAUGAAAUGGACCUCGUCCUCAUACGACUGGAUUACUUCGACGCCUGGGAUCGCCGGUGCAGAGCUUCGCUUCCUCAAUUCGUUUGCCGAUCGCUAUGCCCCUAUCAAAUCGGCUGGCAACAGGGAGCUUGUCAUGGAGCAAAAUACGUGGUACAAUCAACUAUGGGGUUACGAUACCGUUAACAAAAACAACGCGGAUUUUGGCGUCUGGGUACAGAAUGCCUUGGCCUUGCUGACAGAGGGUGGCCAAUUCUAUCUGGAUUCCGGAGCAGGCAAGGUCUACUACAAGCCACUCUCCGGAGAGCGGAUGGACAGUAUUGAAGCGUACCUGGGUGUGUUGGAAGCGCUUGUCAUAUUCGGCGGUACCUAUACCAAUCCAGUGCACGAUAUUUCGUUCGAAGGCAUAAGUUUUGCGCAUACUACUUGGCUCCAACCCAACGAAAUAGGAUACGUAGAUCAGCAGACAGGCGGAAACCUCUGUGAGAACAAGACUUACGAUUCAUCCAACUUUGAAUCUACCCGUCCUUACUGGUGCCAAAUGCCAUCGGCUAUCCAAAUCAGCGCGGCCAAAAAUAUCGUCCUCUCGGGAGGCAAUUACACCCAACUCGGCGCAGGCGGAAUCGGCAUUGGAAACGACGCGAAUGCACACGUGACGGGCGUCGGGCUCGGAGCGUCCAACGUCGCCAUCAAAGACGGCUACUUCACGCAAGUCAUGGGCAACAGCAUCACGGCCGGUGGCAUCCGCGCCGACGCCCACCACCCCAGCGAUUCCCGCAUGGUCAACACCAACAUUGAGGUAUCCAACAACAUCUUCUACAAUGUGUCUUCGCUCUUUAGCUCCACGGUACCCAUCCUCUUCACCUAUGUUCAGUAUUCGACCAUCUCGCACAACGACGUUUAUAUUACCCCAUACUCCGGCAUCUGCCAUGGCUACGGCUGGGGCUCCAACGACGCCGGCGGCAGCUCCGAGUACGUCAAGCGGGGGCUGUACAAGUACCAGCCGCAGUACACGACACCGACCAUUAUGCAGAACAACAAGAUCGUCGGAAACCUGAUCCACGGCUAUGGAUACUCCCAUACCGAUCUGGGCGCCGUGUACACGCUCUCCAAGAGCCCCUCCACGGAGAUCAGCGCCAACUACGCCUACGACUCCGGCGGCUUCGGCAUGUACACCGACGAAGGAUCCAACUCGUACCUGAUCCAAAACAACAUCUUCCUCUCCAACGGCAUCUGGUACGCGCAGAAUGGAGUCAACACGGCGAACAACACCAUCGUCGGCAACUAUGGGAAAACGGGGCAAUCGAUUUCCAAGAACACCAUCGUCUCGGAUGUGUCCCAGGUGUCUGUUGAUGCCCUCAAGUCGGCGUACAGGGCAGGCGUGCUGCCGGGCAAGCGCAAUGGUCGGCCAGUGUCGAAUAACGCCAAGUUGGCCGAUGGCGCUGCUGCGAUCAGUAGUUCCAAUGGUAAUGCCGUCGUCACGCUGUAUAAUUUCGACGAUGUCGCUUUCAGCAAUGUUACCGUCAGUCUUUCGGCAAGUGGGGCCACGUUUACCGUGGUAUCGGUCCCUACUGCGAUUCCUGCCAGCGGGACCGCAACGGCGACGUACAAGGUGUCGGGAACGAAUAAGCCGCGGGUGUCGGCGACGGUCAAGUAUUGGAAUCCUCGUGUAGGGGCUUCGAGCACGGUUUCUGCGAGUGGACAGAUUUAGGUUGGAGCCAUGUUGUUUGAUCUGGGGGAGAGGUUGCUUGUCGUUGGAUGUCGACUCGUCGUCGUUGACAAGGUCCUGUCCAGAUUGAGUUAGGCCCAUCUUCAAGCCCCUCCUGUUAAGCUUUAAGCUUUACUGGUCGGCUCCACCAAGCUUAGCUACAACUGUUGUUUCAACCUCAGCUCCAUCCAUACCUCUGCAUGGAUAAAGAAAGUAGAUUCUUAUAUCUAGCAGAGAUGAAUUCAUCGUACCUUAUCCUACAAUCAUAA